AGCGAUGAGCAGCAAGAGAGAAAACCCCUCCCCACCCCGCCACGUUCCGGGGCGAAUCUCGAAACGACGGCGGCCGUGGGGGAAGGGAGAUGACGAGAUCACCGACAAGCCGAUAGCGAAGCCUCCAUCUCCGCCGGGGCUUGUGAUCACGGGGCUUCCCGACCACUGCUCUGUCCUUGAACUGAAAUCCCGGUUCGAGAUCUACGGCUCUAUCUCCCGAAUUCGCGUCGACCGCGAUGGAUCCGGUUCUGUUUCCUUCCGCACCGCUGAAUCCGCCGAGGCCGCCAUUGCCGCCAGUCUCGAACCCUCCGGCAUCUCCAUCGAUUCCAAAAGGUUAGAGGUAAUGUGGGCGACGGAUCCGCUGGUGAAAUGGCGGGAGGGAGUGACCGGAGGGAAGGAGAAGCGGAAAACGGCGCCGUCUUUGUCAUCAUCGUCAAAGCUUCUGCGCCCGGAGAUGCCAUUAAGGAGACAUGGCAGAAACAACAAGCUGGCAUCUGCCAUUGUCGACCCCAAGAGCAUCACCAACGACGUUGUCAGUGCUUCAGCUUCGGUGUCGGGAACAGAAUUUACACGUCGAGAAGUUGUUGCCUACGACGAUAUCCUGUAGCGUAAAACCUGCUCUGGAACUUGUUUGAUCUUUUUCUGCUUUGUUAAUAGCCUGAUGAUUGUGCCGUGCUUGUAAGAUUUCCCAUUUUCUUUUCCCGGAAAAGUUUGGUUCUUUGAGAAAGAAUUACGUCUGAAAUCUGCAAAAAAAAAAAAAAAAAAAAAAAAACAGAUUGCAGAUUGAUCUGAUGUUUGUCAAGUAGUUUCAGGUUUGAACAAAUGGUUAAAGUUGUAAUUUUUCACGUCUCUCUUGUUGGGUU